CAGAUAGUGUUCGUCAUAACUCACCACACUGUGCGUGUGUAUUGGAGGGUGAGAAGGAAUUGAAAAGGGAUCGACAUGAAUUAAAGAGUCAGUCGAGUUGUGAAAUUCAAUCAACAUGCCACGCGCCAGAAAACGUUUCGCCGAAAGUCCGGUCAAAGACUCGGAUAAUGAAUCCUCGUCAUCAGAAGUGGGAUUACCUCCGCCUCCAGCCGAUGAUGCAAAUCUUUUGUCAAUUUUGGAGAUGCAAAAUCGUAAUUUCGCUGAGCUAAUAAAACAAGUGCAGUGCUCUCAAAAUGAACCAAAAGAUGCCAAAAACAUUGUUCUGCCAAAGUUCAACCCUGAUCGUGCAGGAUCAGACGCUCUCUCCUGGUGUUCAACGGUCGACUACAUCUUGUCCGAAAACCAGCUAGUGGGCAGCGCUCUUGUAAUGUCCCUCAGCAAAUCACUGGAAGGCACCGCAUCUCACUGGCUCUCGCAGACAUGUUUUCCCGGCAUUACGUGGACGCAGUUCCGAGAAUUAUUUUUGCAAUAUUUUUCUGGAACGGAGACUUUGGCCGCAACCGUUAUGAAUUUGCUAAAUGCACGCCCAAACGAAGGAGAGUGCUUGUCGCUGUAUGGAAGCAGAAUGGUCACAUCACUUAUGGCCCGCUGGAAGUCACUUAGCGUCGAGCAGAUUGCAGUAUCCGUUACGUUGGCACAUGCAGCUGGGAUAGACAAACGAUUGCGCCGUUUGGUUUUUACGACGGAUAUCAAAACCAGAAACGAGCUGCAUCAGGAACUCAAAGCCUUUUCGUUCGACACUAGACAGAACCAGCAUUCGAGUGACAACUUAUCAGCACCCCAAGGAAAAAGAGUCAGGACUAUGUCUCACAUCACGUGUCAUAAUUGUGGCAAACCCGGACACAAGAAGGCGGAAUGUCGCUUUAAUAAAGAGGCAACUCAGCGUCAGCAGCCCCGUAAUCAACAAUUUGGAGCAAAAGAUCGAUCAUCCGUGAUCUGCUAUAAAUGUGGAAAAGCUGGACAUGUAUCUACUGUGUGCCCAGAUCGUCAGGAGCGUCCGCCGAUGAAGAGCAAUACCAUCAAAGACGUAAACAUAUGCACAGUACUUGAGCCCUUAGGAACGUUGCUGCAGUUUGGUGAGUCGUUCCAAUUUUACUUCGACUCCGGAGCCGAAUGUUCACUCAUCAAAGAGACUGCAUCACUGAGAUUAUCCGGCACUAGAAUAAACAACGUAGUGACAUUGAGGGGUAUAGGUGGCAACUCUGUUUGCAGCACUUUACAGAUAUUGGCGAAUGUUUUAAUUUGUGAGCGUUCUUUCGAAAUCUUGUUUCACGUAGUUUUAGACAAUCAUAUCAAAUACGACGCUCUGAUUGGCCGGGAAAUUUUGAGCCAGGGCAUCGGCGUGACAAUUACAUCAAGCGCGCUUACUAUGUUUAACGAAAAGUCUGUAUUACCUGUCGUAGUCUCCGAAUGCACUCCUGACCUGGCUGGUGUCGAUACCGAUUUACAUGGACAGGAUAAAGACAAACUGCUCUCAAUAUUACAGGGGUAUUCAAAUUCUUUUAUAAACGGUAUACCACAGAGUCGCGUGACUACGGGACAGUUAGAGAUUCGCUUGAUUGAUCAGAAUAAGACGGUUCAGAGACGCCCUCACGUAGUUCGAGGGCUUAUCGAUUGAGUGUGGAAGAAAAAG